UGUCUGUCAUAAGUCAUAAGCUGUCAGAUCAGAAAGAAACUGAAAAGAUACUGAAAAUAGGCAAAAGUGGAAUUUUUGUUUAUUUAUUUAAAGCAGGUAUCUACAUAAUUUCAAUAAAGUAAAUUUAUUUAUAACAUUGAAUAGGUAUGCCUCAAUGUUGUGCAGUGCCGUUUUGUUCCGAAAAAAAAGGGGGACAUGCAUUUCCCAAAGACGAAACUCGCCGAAAACAGUGGAUUAUGGCGAUUCGCAGGGAUAAUUUUAUCCCAUCAAGACAUGCACGAGUCUGUAGAAAACAUUUUAAACCUGACGAUUAUACAUUACCAAAGGAGCCAACCAGAGAAAUUCCACUUCCAUUAUUAAAACCGCAAGCUGUGCCUAGUUGCUUUGAUUGGAAUGUUAAAAGUAAACAAAAGGAAAUGAAAAAAAAAUUUGCAAGAAGAGCUCAACUAAACGAAAAGAAACUAAAGACUGCAACAAUGUCACAGACAAAAACACAACAAAAUGGAUCUGAAGAAUAUUUACCUGACCAAGAAUGUCAAGAUACAGGAAUUGACAACUCAAAUGAAGAAUCCAUGGAGUAUACUCGGAGUCAACCGCCCCAACAUUUAAAUAUCACAACUGAAGUCAAGGUAGAAUGUGAUCCGGAGUGUUCUGUUCCCGUCACGGGUGAUAUGUUCCCGUGUAUAGUGAAGGUGGAACCGAAGGAUGAGGAGGAAUAUGGACAAGCAUCUGCAUGUCACACAUCAAUAGAAAAUAUAGUAGUGAAAUGUGAGUUUGAAUAUGAUUCAGAAGACCAACAGUUACCCACAAAUUAUUUGCAUCAACAAUAUAAAGAAGACAUUGAGCCGGUUCAAGAGGGAAUAGCAGGAUCCUCAUCAGCGCACCAGAGUCCCCCCAAUGACGUCAAGACCGAACCUCCAGACUAUAACGAAGGUGCUACUGAUCGAGAAACAGACAGUGAGAUACGGAACCAAAGUUUCAACGAAUCGACCACCAACAUUCGUGAAACCGAGACAGAAUCAACAGCUUGCGGCGACAGAAGCAGUGAAAAUACGACAACUAUGCAUGAGCUAUGCGAAAAUCCUGUGCCUGAUCAAGAUAAAGAGUUCCACUCUCGGAUCGUCAACAUUUUAAACGACAACUACCCCCAAGAUCGUGGAAAAUCCAAAAUUACUCAUUUAAAGAAUUAUUUGGGGAACAAAUCUCCUGAACGAUGCAGGACAAAAUUCGAUUCGCUGUGCCGACUGAAGAGUUAGUGCACGCCUACUCAACGAAUGAGUCACUUUCACUGAAGGAGUACCGGUCUCUAAAACGGAAACUCCUAGAAUGGCCCUUAGGAAGGGCUUUGAUAUACUCCCCGCUUGACAUCAUGGCGAAAAUUCACGCGAAAUCGUACGCACAAUUCAUGAGCACCUUGAAGAUUUUGAAACCGAGACUGACUUCGAGGAAACGGAGCUUGUCUCCCGAUUCACAAACAUUCACAAUUAGCAAGCGAUCACGGAAACGAUCCAAGAUAUCUCCGGAAGCUUGUGUGUCUCCCGCUUCAAAUCAUGGCUCGUCACAAGACAACAAUGAAACUAGCGUGUCGUUUUACGAGAAAAUGAUGGGCAUUCUUGAUUCUAAAGCGCAAAUAUUGUCAAAAAUUGCUAACAGAGUUGCCUCGAAGGUGAAAACCAAAUCGAAGAGUUCGUCCAAAGCGGAACCGGAAUCCAGAUCUGCAUGCGAUACAAUACAAUCUGAUUUCUUUUCGCCCACGACCGAAGCCGAACCGAUACCAAUACCAGAUCCCCAAAUAGCAGAACAGGGUCAAAAAUGCCAACGUUUUGGCGAACAGGGCUGGAGGAACAUUCGAUACGCCGACGUGGAGAAAUACUUUCACAAUGAACCAGUGUUCAGUGCCUUAAAAGUGAACUCGUUGCUUGCAACCAAAACCCCUUCAAACAGUACACUACGUCAUCUCGAAAACGCUGACCAGACGUUAAAUAAAUAAAUAUAAAUAUAUUAGGACAAAUCACACAGAUUGAGCUAGCCCCAAACUAAGUUCGAGACUUGUGUUAUGGGAUACUAACUCAACGAUACUAUAUUUUAUAAAUAGAUACAUAUAUAAAUAAACAUCCAAGACCCGGGCCAAUCAGAAAAAGAUCAUUUUCCAUCAUGACCCGACCGGGGAUCGAACCCGGGACCUCUCGGUUCAGUGGCAAGAACUUUACCACUGCGCCACCGAGGUCAUCAACGUUGGGCGCAAUAACUUACGGAUUAUUAUUACAAAUAUCAGAAUUGAUAAACGCUUGCAAGAAACUUGAUGUCAAAUAUCGCGUAUACCUCCAAAGAUAUCUCUUAGAUGAAAAUUGCGAGUUCAAGAAAAUCUCCGAUGACCUACUGCAGUAUGUCUGCGGCAUGAGAGCCGAAAUCAUCCAAAACCGAAGGGAAAUUUACAAGUGUCAGGACAAAGUGCUAAACAAGCUGUUGCAUAAAAUCCCCCCAUCUAAAACUCACCUGUUCUCUGAACCUAAAUUGACAAAGCUUAUUAAAAAACAUGGAGGAGUGUACAAUUUUUUUCACAAAAAGUUUUACUAGCUGAAAAUCUAGCAAUAGAGCAAACGUGUAAGAUUUUUUGUGAUUAUUCAAAUUAAUAGAUUUACAGUGAAAAAUAUAUACGACGCUUUAAUGACAGAAGGAAUAGGCGGCAACACGGAACAGUAACAAUGUUGCCAUUAUAAUGAAACGGAUACAACAAUAAAUUAUUGUUGUAUCAAAGAUCGUUGUAUCAACGUAAAACGACACGCUAGUUUGAAAUGCCCCGUAGAAUAAACAAAGCAAAUAUCUACAGCCGAAUCUGGGUCUAACCUGUUCUUCUUCUUGACCUUUUCCCCACUCGUGUGGGCUCAGCACCUUUCGUUAAAAUUCUGUCACUUGCCAUUUCACUUAACACUGUAUCCUUAAUCAUACAUUCUUUGAUGCAAUUAAUCCACCUCUUCUUGAGUUUUCCUCUAUUUCUGAUACCUUUAACUUAAGUGUGAGUCUCUGGCCAAACCUAAAAAAGCUCGAAUGACAGAAAAAAGAUUGGAGUACUUCCUUUUUAUUUUUUUAAAUAAUGAUAUUACUUUAUUUACUAACAGAAAAAUACAUCUUUUAUAGAAAUUACGUGAAAAAAAACUGAAAUAUAAUAAAAACGGGCGAUUUUUCCACCAACAACAUAUUGAGGAGUUUGCAAUGUGAACGCUCGAAAAUGACAGUUACAAUGCUAUUUUAUGGGUUUUAUGUUAAAUGGCGGCGAUCCAAAGAUAUGUCUAAGCCUAGCUGAAACCUAAAAUGUGUUUUAAGAAGUCAUGGUGAGAAACCUUAAGGUUGCGCUGUUUGUUAAAUACGUUUUAGUGAUAGAAGUAAUUUAUGAAUGCUUAAAAGAAAACAUACUGGUGAGAAACCCUUGAAUGUGCUUUUUGAAGAUAUUCUCGGAAAUACACAGCACACACACACACAGCACGUGAGAGCACAUACAUUUAAAACGCAAAAUAUGGCAGUUGGUGAGAAACAUAUCCAAGAAACUUGAACACGGAACAUGUUUUGACAUAUGCAAAUAUUUUUCUGGUAGAGAGUUGAUGUAUGUAAAGUAAUGAUUAAAGAUUUUUUACUUAGAACGUAUAAGAAAAAAAAUGUCUUUACAAAAUAAAGAGUAAUACGAAACACUUUAGUAAACUUAUUUAUAUAUUGUGAUUUCAAUAUGUUAACAAAAAACUAAAUAUAAUAUUUCUUCGAUACUAAUAUGAUUUGAAGACUGAAUUCAUGAUAGUAAUCCAAUGUUAUACAAACACGAAUAUUAAUGAAAAUAUUUUUGUAUUUCGUGUUUGUUAUUUUAAGCCACUUUAUAAUCAUUAUUUUUAUACUAUAAUUUUGUCUGAGCCAAGUUUCGCAAUCGUGUAAGUUAAAAUUAUC